GUUUCCUCUAUAGUUACGCCACUGUGUGUAUCUAUAUAUUAAUUCAUUUUCAUUGUAUUCAUCUAAUUGUAAUGUCUCAACUAAUGGUAUUUAUUCCUUACAGGACCCAGUGAUCAGAAGGCAGAUUGUACUACAUCCGAUUCUAUGAAACAAUUAGUUUUAGAGAUCCCUAAACCGUAUAUCCGUUUGGCUGGAGCAUGCAUUAGUUUGUUGAUAAUUGGACUUCUGGCAUUAAGCAUUCGUUUCUGCAACAAGCAUGUGAAAGAAUUAAAAAAACGUGAGGAAGAGGUGCGGAGUCUUCAAGUAGUUGUACCAGGAGUAAAAAUACACAUAGGAGAAGAAGGGAACUCUAAGGAAAAUGAAGUGACUCCUAAUAAAGAAAAUAACAAUAAAGUGGGAGAAAUAUCAGAAUCUGCUACAAUAACGGAUGUCCCUCAAGAGAACUGUGCUGAAACAGAUAAAGAGAUUAUAGAUGUUGAAUCACAGCACAUGAACGAAGACACCACUACAAAACAAAAAAAGAAAAAAUGGAGGAAAUAUCUUCCUUUUACUAAAAAAACCAAUCCACCUCCUGAGAACGGUGUGGAAACAGAUAAAGAGCUAAAGGAAAGUGGGAAGAAACGACUAAAACUACUAAAACUACUAAAAGUAGUAAAACCACGAAAACCAGAAUUAUCAGUGGAAGCAGAUGAACAGAACAAGAAAGUUCAUGAAACGCAAGUAGAGGAAGUUGAUCAGAAGAAGAAGAAAAAAAGAAUAUGGAAAUGGAAAUGGAAAAAGAAAAGGGCAGAAAUGACACUUCUCCCGAGAUAAAAACCAAAGUCGAAGGAGGAGUUCAAAAUAAAAAAUGGAAUAACGGCAGCCCUUUCCUUGUGAGGCAAUUAUGGGCGACCCGAAAACGAUUUACAUUUUGGCCGGCGGAAGGCAGAGGAAGACAGAUCGGGGAGAUUAUUGUUGCAGAUCUUCUGCCUUGGAUUGCUCUCCUCACUUUACUAGUUCUAUGUUGCUGAAGACUUGCGGUGAAGUCUAAGAGGAAAGAAGCACCAUUGCACUAAAACAACUGGGCAGUGCACUGAAGUAAUCCUGUGAAGAGGAGAUUUGUCACCUGGCGACUAAUAUCCCCGAAUCUGCCCGUGUGGCCAGACCCUUAGAAUCAGUGUGACCUUUAAACAUUGAUAACGUUAUAAUGUUUUUUUUUCCCUUGUUUAUAUUGUUAAAAAA